CUAGAAGCAAAACAAAUGGAAACUCGAGCUUUGGUUUCUUACUUCAUAGCAUGGUUCGCCACUCUAGCCCUCGUCUUCCUCUCCCUCCGUCUUCGUCGUGGUCGGAAACUCAACUUACCACCCGGUCCGAAACCUUGGCCGAUAAUUGGCAACCUCAACCUCAUUGGCUCACUUCCCCACCGGUCCAUCCACGCCCUCUCGUUAAAAUACGGGCCCAUCAUGCAACUUAAAUUCGGGUCAUUUCCUGUUGUGAUCGCUUCUUCUGUUGAAAUGGCCACGGCCGUGCUAAAGACCAACGAUGUUAUCUUCACCGACCGGCCUAAAAUCGCCGCCGGCAAAUACACUACCUACGAUUACUCCAAUAUUACAUGGGCUCCUUAUGGUCCAUAUUGGCGUCAAGCACGGAAAAUAUGCAUGACGGAGCUUUUUAGUGCGAAACGUCUUGAGUCGUACGACUAUAUCCGAAGAGAAGAGAUGAAUUUGUUUCUUAAAUGGUUGUAUGAAUCAUGUGGUACCCCAAUUGUAUUGAAAGACCACUUUUCGAGUUUGAGUCUUAACGUUAUCAGUAGGAUGGUUUUCGGGAAAAAGUACACCGAAGGGACCGGCGACACCGAGAUCGUGUCCCCAAAGGAGUAUAAUGAGAUGCUGGAGGAGUUGUUCUUCCUUAACGGCGUGCUCGAUAUCGGUGACUUGAUCCCUUGGCUCAGUUUCCUGGAUUUGCAGGGCAACAUUAAGAGAAUGAAGGCGUUGAGCAAGAAGUUCGACAAGUUCUUGGAACAUGUGUUGGAUGAACACAACGCAAGGAGAAAAUGGGUGGAAGAUUAUGUGGCUAAAGACAUGGUGGACGUGCUUUUGCAGCUGUCUGAGGAUCCCGAUCUUGAUGUCAAGCUUGAAAGGCACAGUGUUAAGGCAAUAACUAUGGAACUGACAGCCGGUGGAACCGAGAGCUCAACAGUGACCUUAGAAUGGGCAAUCUCAGAGCUACUGAAAAACCCAGAAAUUCUGGCCAAAGCCACACAAGAACUCGACAGUGUAAUCGGCAGGGAGCGAUGGGUCGAAGAGAAAGACAUUGUGAACCUACCUUACAUCGACUCCGUCGUUAAGGAAACAAUGCGGUUGCACCCUGUAGCACCGAUGCUCACGCCUCGCGUGGCUCGCCAAGACUGCAAAUUACUCGGUUACGACGUUCCAAAGGGCACUCGAGCUCUUGUAAGCGUUUGGGCAAUCGGGAGGGACCCUAGCCAUUGGGACAACCCCAAUGCGUUCUGGCCAGACAGAUUCAUGGAAAUGAGUGUUGACAUCAAAGGUCGUGACUUUAAGUUGUUGCCAUUCGGGGCAGGAAGGCGGAUGUGCCCCGGUUAUCCUUUGGGGAUUAAGGUGAUUCAAGUAAGUUUGGCUAAUGUUUUACAUGGGUUUACUUGGAAAUUACCUACAAACGAUGAUCUUAAUAUGGAGGAAACAUUCGGGCUUUCCACCCCUAAAAAAUACCCACUUCAAGCUUUGGCGGAGCCUAGACUCCCAGUUUACAUGUACUGCCGAUGAU